AUGCAAUCCAUGCGCAAGAUGUUUCCGAGCCUGCGAAAGAAGUUCUCCAGUGACCGCUCCAGGUCUGCAGCAGAUGGAUCCUUCGAGGACGAUGCAGACGUGCAAAUGUAUGAUAACGGGCACUGGCAAGAUGUUGAAGUCAGUCGUCACCCGGGACGCGAUGACUUCCGCGACGAGACACCGUACAUGUCGGGAGCGCUGCCCGUAGAACAGCCCCAUCAAGCCUCUGACGUUCGAGGAUCGCAGCUACUUGCUAGUGUAGGCCUCAAAGACAACCGGCCAGACUUCACAUUCCGAGCAUCGUCUCCAGUCAAGAUGGACAAGCAAAGCAGUGGCCAUCGUCCGGUUCAUUUGCCUACUGAGCCUUCAUACAUUCGUCUUAUGGAUGGUUUGUCGCGCGACAAUGGGAUGGAGCUCGGUCUGAAAGAUCCUCGCGAGCAGACAAGCACGGACUAUCGUAACGAUGGCAGGAAUAGGCAAGUACUACCUGCUUAUCGACAUGAGCACAACGCCGAACGAGUUGAUUACCGGAGGCCUUUGGAUCUUGGACAUCCGUUCAUGCACCAGUCGCCACACAGAUCUCCGGCCUCUGCGCGUCAAUAUCCUUCUAGCGACCACCAGACUAACGAAUACACAAACAGAGCUCACGGCAUGCCGGAUCUUGGCCCCACUACGCCAGCACCGAGGCGCCAACAAAAUCCCGGCCAUCAGAUCGAGAGUGUAGUAAGUCCCUAUUUCCGAACCGGUCAUAACCAGGCCCGAGUCCAUCCAUCGCCCGGCCGCGCUGAACUUCAGAAUAGUUCCGAUCAUUCCGGCGAUUAUCAGUCACGAAGGUCAAGGACGAACCAACCUCGGGCCGGCUGGGUUGAGGCUCGCAGUCUAAACGGCCUCUCAUUCUUCGAUUCACCCGUCGAUUCUAGGAACGAGCCUAUCGAGGUGGACCACCGCCGCAGAUUGGUAGAGCUAGCACCAACGUCAUACUCACAUCAGCAUCAAAGACGUCAUCUUAAUUCACGUGGCUUCAUCAUACGCCCGGAAGAGGGACGCUCACCGUAUACCAGCGACAGUGCCUAUGGCUCUUCCCAAAACCGAGAACUUUACAAUAGAGACGCGCCCAAUUAUUCCCAAGCAGUGGUUGAUGUACCGCCCGCAUAUCGCCCAAGUCGUUCCCGCAUCGGUCAGGUGCCCUCUAUCAUGCCUUCCAUUGUUCCAAGCCGUCCACCUGCCCGGGUCCAACCUCUAUGGGAGAACCUGCAGCGAGCGGGCGUCAGGAGUAGCCGUAAUGCUUUCAGUAGUGUUGCUGGGAACAAUUAUGCUGCGCCUUCGAGGACUGUCUUCCCCAGCGCUGGUCGGCACAAUAUUAGACGGUAA